AUGUUAAGCUUCAUCCUCAGGCAGAUAUGCAGGCUGGCCUACGAAGUCCUGCAGACACUCCGCCCGGACGCGCCGAGCCGAGCCUUCUCCGUCGACUCGGCCUACUGGUUCCACGUCGAGGUCGGCAACAAGGUGCAGGCCAGGUACCCCCACACGCCUCGAAGGGCCAACGAGCUCGAGCUCCACAAGGGAGAUCAGGUGAAGGUGAUCCCUCAGUACUACAGAAAGCAACCCAAUCUCCAGGACGGCUUCCGCGCCGGCCGGAACCUAAGGACAGCAUCGUACGGCCUGUACCCCGUCUACAAGAUGGUCGAGAUACUGCAGCUUGCCGACGUGCCGCCCUUCGAGCAUAUUGACAAGAUGGAAAAAUGA